AUGUCGUCCAAAAAUUUUUUAGAUGUCGACGAGUCGAUUAUUGAAAAAAGCCUUUUAAUUCAAAGCAACGAGGAACAAGAAUUCGAACAAUUUGUGAGUGGUUUCCUUAAUCCCAAUUCAGGCAAAUUGGUCAAACCAGCUCCAGGACUCUGUAUAAAAUUAUUGAAAACCGAUAAGUCAAAAGUGUUCAUAAACCUCUGCCACCAUGCAGAUAUUCCACCUCCAGAUGAUAUUACAAAAGAAGAACUUGUAGAAGUUUUCAAUUCUAAGGAUCCUGAAAAGUUCUGUAUUCCGUUAAGUAUUGGUAUAGAACACCAAGAAACUGAUAAGUCUAAUGCACAAGUUAAUGUUUACGAUGUAGCAGUAAAUUCAGAGUUUUUCAAAAAGUGUCAAAAUGAUGAUGUCUUUCAAACAUUCAUUGUUUGUGCUACUAUAGAGGGAGUAGCUGAAAAGUUCAAAAUCGAUAUAAGCGCAGAAAAUCCAAUUUUGUUGAAGAAUAGAAAAUGUAUGGGAUCAUUGCAGCAACACAGAAUUCAACAACGACCCCCAAGGCCAUCAACAUUUAAAAAAAAACCUUUGAUUCAAGAACUAAAUUCAAAAACAUCACUUUCUCAGUUAGACAUACAUGUCAAACCUGAGUAUAGGAUUUAUGUGCAACCAGAAGAUAAUCCAAAAAAUAUCAUUUUAGAUGUUUGGAUGCCAGAUGUGCAUAGUUCACAAGAAAUUGAUUUAAAAUGUGGUGAAGACUGUCUACUGUUAACUACAAAUAAACAAACAAAAUAUGAGUUGGAUAUUUUUUUACCAUAUACAAUUAAUCAAAAACAUGUUAAUGUUACUUUUAAUACUAUAACUAAAAUUUUAUCAGUUAUGGCAACCAUUAUUCCAAGCAAUUGA